UUAAGAGCUGCCAGUUUCCAUUCGUUCAUUUGCGAUCCUAACGAUAAGUGUAUUCCCCUUCUUCGAUGGCAAUCGUCAACGAUCACUUUCUUCUGGGUUCCUUCGAAGGAUUUACUCGGCUGAUGCAGUGCGAGGAUUACUCGUCAGCCUCCUCUUCGUCUUUUCUUCCAUCGCAUGAGAUAUUUUCUUGAAGAAGAAGAACGACGCAUCCUUUCCUACGAAAAAUUCUCCACUUUCUUUACAACAGUAUGUGUGUAUAGUUAUUCAUGUAUAGUAAUGAAGAAUAGAAAAAUCAUUGGAUUGAUAGAUGCUGAGACGUGUUUAACCUUGUUGAACAUGAAGAGUGAGAUAUGGUGAAGUAAAUGAAGUGCUGAGGGUUGUAUACAUGGUGUGUUUCGUUCAGUGGAAAUGAAUCUUCGUGCUGGACUGGCGAUCGUUCUUUUCCUUCUUGCGGAGGUCGACAGUGCGAUGCUGAUGAUCCCGAGGGAGAACCAUUCUGCAGCAUCGCACAGGCAACCACGGGCGGCCCUAUUGGAAAGUAGCAGGGUCAAUUCUACCCUCGAUGGAAGAAAAAUUGUCGCGACCACAACUGGUCGAAUAUUCAAUGGUAAACCAAGUAAGAGAGGAUCCUGGCCAUGGCAGGUUUCUCUUCAGCUGCUCCAUCCGAAGCUAGGAUUUAUCGGUCACUGGUGCGGUGGUGUUCUCAUUGAACCUAGCUGGGUCGUCACGGCCGCUCAUUGCAUUCAUAAUGAACUUUUCAACUUGCCAAUUGGUGCUUUAUGGACAGCAGUUGUAGGAGAAUGGGAGUUGGAUUCCGGUGGAAGAGGUUCGGCUAGAUUACCUGUUGAACGAGUGAUCCUCCACGAAAGAUUUAAUAAUUAUAUGCACGAUAUUGCUUUGAUGAAACUCGCUAGGCCAGCUCCUUUAUCCAAGGUGGUGCGAACGAUUUGCUUACCAGAUCCAGAAGAAGAGCUUGCGAAAGGCCAGUGUAUCGCUUCUGGUUGGGGUCGCUAUGGACCCUCCCAAUCACUUUCUACAUCGCUUUUAGAAGCCUCGGUACCAUUGCUCGAUCUUGAGAAAUGCACGCAAGCUUAUGGGAAAUCGGUACCACUUCGAAGCGGCCAUCUUUGUGCUGGUCACACCGAUGGCUCUUCCGGAAGUUGUGUAGGUGAUUCAGGAGGACCAUUGCAGUGUCGUCGUGCAGACGGUGUCUGGCAAUUGGCAGGCGUCACCUCCUUCGGAUCAGGAUGUGCCAGACCAGGCUUUCCUGACGUAUACACUAGGAUACAGUACUACGUGAAGUGGAUAAGGAAGAUCAUGAAGAGUCAUAGCAACGAUGAUGACGACGACGCGCAAUUUUUAUAAUUCAUCAAAAUCCACCAGUUAGAAAAUAUAUAUAUAUAUAACUCCUGUCACCUAGAAGAUUUCCAACAAAUUAUUUAUUAUCACUUCUAGAUCAAUACUGAAGAAGUGAUCUUUAGUAAAGAUAUUUAAAAAAAGGCAUUAGAAACGUGAUACAAAACCUGUUGCAUAUCUCGACUAGAAAAUAAAGAAAGUCUGGAUAUUGUAGUAUACAGAAGAAUAUCCAUCCGUUAUAAUAGAAAUGGAGAAUACAGAAGAAGUAACUUUGAUGAAAAAUAUUAUUUGCCAGAGGCUAAGGUAUACAUAUAUCUGGCUGGAUAUCUUCUUCCUGUUCUCGAUACACGUGGAAAUAUCUGCAUUUAAAUGAGUCUCAUGGUUGCAAUCGUCGAAACUGCGUUUCGCGUCCUCUUUUUCUUCAUCUACGUUACGCAACCCUCUUGCGAUUGUGCGUAGCGAUUGCAUCUUCUCUAGAGGAUGAAAUUAGAAAUAUCGAUUUACCAGGACACACAUAGAACGUAUUGUGGCAAGUAGUAGAGGCAGAGUACACAAUUGAUGCCUAGUAGCAUCCAUUAAUUAGUUUAAUACGAACCACUCAGCAUACCGAAAGCAUACUCUGAUCGAGUUUCGUUUGCAGACAUGUUUGCUAGCUCAACCGAAUCUUUGUUACCUUGAUCAUGUUGUUUUCAGAGAAUUGGUGAAUCUUUAGUGCUGUUAUUUAGCUAGUCAAGUUUUUGUACCUACAAAAUGAAAUUCAGUAUCAAUAAAGAAAAUUUAAUAGAAAAAA